AUGAAUACGGUGGAUGAGCAGUAUAUAGACGGUUCAUGUUCCGCAGAUUUGAACCGCUUUCGGCCGGCAGCGGCUCCGAAGACGAGCUCUUUUGGACCCUUGAAUGGGGUCGUUUCCGAGCCAACAACGUCGAUAACGCUUGAUCAGUCGACGUUCCAAGCCAGUGUUCCAUCUCCGCCUUCAGUGGUACCGGGGGAAAAUCAAGACACGGAUGAUGAAGGGUUGUUGGAGUCAUUAUCGCAGAGUUUGUACUCCAACGAUUACUCGAUUCUGGGUUCGAGUAGUUGGAACCACCCAAUCGUGAGUAUGGAUGUGCCGACGGUAUUUGCCAGUAGAAAUCCCGUAAGCGACUUAGAAAAUCAAGAGAUCUCAUCCUGGGAUAAAAACUUCUUUAUCCUGACUUCGGCAGGGAAACCGAUUUACUCUAUGCAUGGAUGUGACGAGCAGGUGACCUCGCUAAUGGGUAUUAUCAAUACAGUGAUGAGCUAUUUUCAACUUCAGAACUCAUCGGAUAUAAGGACCAUUUCGUGCGGCAAGGCCAAAUUAGCGUUCUUAGAUCGAUCACCGAUUUUUUUGGCCGCUUACUCUGAUCGAGGCGAGACUUCGAACGAAUUGAUCAAUCAGCUGGACUUCCUACACUCGUAUUUGUUGUCAUCGUUGAGCCAGAGACAGCUGACAAGAUUUUUCAGCAGAAGGGAAAAUUUCGAUUUGCGAAAUUUCAUGGAGGCUACAGAUUUCGAGAAUUUAGAUGAAAUAUGCUCAUUAAUCUGCGAAAGAUUGUAUCCAGAUGUGCUACUUGGAGCAUUACAAUGUCUCAGUUUGAAAAAAACACACAGAGCUCAGAUACAUGAAGCAAUGCUACAAUGUCUACUGAAGGAAUCAGACCUACCGAGAGGCACCCUGCUCUACGGGCUUAUUGUAGCACCAGAUAAUAAGCUCGGUUCUGUGCUGCGACCCAGAGGUCACACUUUGCAUACCACAGAUUUGAAUCUUCUCUUCUGUCUCAUAUAUCACCAUUUCCGGAAUCUCCAAGAUCAGCAAGAGAUGUGGGUUCCGAUCUGUUUCCCCAAGUUUAAUUCGAGUGGGUUCCUAUACUGUUAUAUCAAGCUGUUACCGGACUCUACAAAAGCUUGCGCAGAGGCUAGCGCAGGUAAAAGACCAGUGCUUGUUCUCAUCAGUGCGCAGAAAGACGCUUUUUUUCCACUGAAAACCCUGGGCGGCAACUUGAUCAAGAACUUACUGGCAAAUUCUCUCAUCGAUCACAUAUAUCGGGCAAAAGAUAUAAAAAUAAGCGAUAUUCCUGCACCGUUAGUUCAUCAUUUUAUUUACAAAUCCAAGAAGCAUGUGCAAUAUAUUAUGCCCGAACUGCAGUUUGUCUUGCAAGCAGGAAAUGAAAGACAAACUCAAGAAUAUGAGAAGAAGAUUAUCACAUACUAUCAACUAAUUCAUAAUUCGGUUUUCCGCGACGAUGGCAGCGCACAUAGCAAGUCAACUUUAAAUUUCGUCCAGUGGGAAGAAGCAGAAGCAGUCGGCGAAAGAUCCACCGACCAGGCUGUCUUUCAAAGAGAGAAAAUAAGUAUGAUGGGAUUAGCGUGGACUACUCGAAAAUUCGAACUUUACCUCAUUUGCAACAAUGGCACGAGUGACAAAAAUAUUGUGCUAAAAAGUGCCAAGAGAAUUAUUAAGUGGUGCGCAAGACAUGAGCAAAGGCUCUUUGUUAGUGAUGGGGCCGUGUUUUGA